ACACUAAGAAGAUAAAUCAUGUCAGAACUUUUCCCACCUUUACUGUGAUAUUGCAAAGAAUAAAAAUAAAGUGAAAAAACAAUCAGAAACUUUUUUAGGGAAAAAUUUCUUUUCAUCUCCAGCUCACUAGAAGACACCUGAAGGUUUUGCACUCAAAUCGGCUGGUAUUUGUAGCUAUUCAUGAUUCCUUCCACCUUGAUAAAAGCCCCAGUUCUGGCUGAAGAAAAGCAGAACUAAAGCAUGAUGCUGCCACCACCAUGCUUCACCGUGGGUAUGGUGUCCUGUUUUUUUUUUUUGUUUUUUUUUUUGUGCACCAAACAUACCUGUUGGAAUUACGGAAUUAUUAUACCUUUUGGAAUUGGUCUGAUCAGACCAUAACACAUUUUGCCACAUGGUUGGGGUGAUUUAGUGGAGCUUGGAUUUUUUUUUUUGUGAGAAAGGGCUUCCGUCUAGCCCCCCUACCCCACAGCCCAGACAUCACAAAAACCUGCCAUUUUAACAGGGGUGUGUAGGCUUUUUAUAUCAGCUGUACCUCCAGGAAACCUGUUUCUUUCUGAGAAAUCCUGAAGGCCCAAAAUAAAAAUCGUGGGAAUGAAGUGGCACUGCAGCCAAGAAGAGACCGGUUUUUUCCCUUGGCAGUACACCGCAUAAUAUUUGCCAUUCAUGGGUGUUUUAUGGGUACAGAGCCAAACCUGGCAAUGCUUGCAGCCAUUCCCGUCUGGCAGGUUUUAAUAACAACGUAACUUUCGAUUCAUGGUUUUGGAAUUACUCUCUAACUUUGCUUGUCUGUUAGGUCAUUGUGAUCAUUAUACUUGGCUAAGCAACACUCUGGGGGAGAAAAAAGCAGAUUCUGGCAGAAUGUUGGUGUUUCCUCUUGGGCACAAAACCAAGUGAGCAAACAGGAAGUGUAGUUUUGGCUGCACUGACGUUGUAAAGCUGUGCUGCAGGCAUGUUAAAACUGGCACUAUCACUAAAACGGAAAAAAGAUGUGGACAAAUAUUUUUGCAAAAUCACACUGAUGAUGUUCAAGAGGAGUUCCUCAUCACAUGCUGAGGUGUGUGUAUAUAGAUCAACAGACAGACAGACAGACAGGCAGGUAGAUAGAUAAACACUAUGUGGCCAAAAGUAUGUGCACCCCUGACCAUCACACCCAUACGUGGUUCUUCCUCAGACUGUUGCUACAAAGUUGGAAGCACACAAUUAUAUAGAAUGUCUCUAUGCUGUAGCGUUACAGUUUCCCUUCACUGGAACUAAGAGGCCCAAACCUGUUCCAGCAUGACAAUGCCCCUGUGCACAGCACGAGCUCCAUGAAGACAUGGGGUGUGAAGGUUGGAGUGGAAGAACUCGAGUGUCCUGCACAGAGCCCUGACCUCAACCCCACUGAACACCUUUGGGAUGAACUGGAACACCGACUGAACCCCAGACCUCCUCGACAUCCCAACAUCAGCGCCUGACCUCACUAAUGCUCUUGUAGCUGAAUGAACACAAAUCCCCACAGCCACGCUCCAACAUCUAGUGGAAAGCUUCCCAGAAGAGUGGAGCUCAUUAUAACACCAAACACACAGGGAAUAAAUCAAGAAUGAGAUGUUUAACAAGCAUGUAUGAGCGUGAUGGGUGGGUUGAUUUAUUGAUUUAAUUAAAUCAAUAUUAAUUUGUGAGGUGUUGAACCUGCACAUAAACAUCCGUGCUGUACGCAGCACUGUGCCAGUCCAGACGCCUAAAUGUGAAAGUAAAACCAAAGCAUAUCCAAAUUGCGCACCACACAGCGCCACACUUCAGUGUAAAGCGAGGACUCAGGCAGAGAGACAGCUUCCCCUGUUCAAACCCACUGAUAUUAUCAUGAAAUAAAAAAAUGGUUUUGCAGAAUAACAUGGAGCCGCGCUCUGAAACAGUAGAACCUGAAGACAUCAUGACCAAUCUGGAUCACGGGGAAACCAUACCUGAUCGGCUAUUGGACCUCAUCGUCUCUACUCCACUUGAAGAAUUUGAAGAAUUUCUCAAUACAAGUUUCUCGGAUGAGGUCUGGGACGAUAUCCCAGAUGGAUCAGAAGAUAAAUCCACACUGGUAUGCGAAGUUUGUGAUGAGAAUUCAGUUGCUAGGAAAAGGCACACCACUAAGCGUCGAGCAGGUGAAAGAUCGUCAAAAAAAACACCUCGCCCUAAACGAAGUAAAAGAGCACACCAGAGCUCUGAAACGCCGCCUGAAGUCAACAUGGCUGUGCAGGAAGGGGAUUUCCACGUCACUGGCGUGUCCUCACUCGUACGCCUUCCCUUGACGAUCGCCACCACCGCCUCUCUGAUGCCACCUGGUGCACCAGCCAUGCAGAUCAUACAAACAUUCAAUCCUCUCUCCCCUCCGGUGAUUAAAAGCAUUCUACCAGUAGGACACACCUACGUGCUGGUUUCACCGCAGUCUCUAGCUCCUGUCCCAGUGCCACAGAUUGCCCCUCUUUCACCUGUCGAUGGUACAGUGGCUCCUUUAGAACUCAGCAUGUCCAUUCAUCCCGUAAGCUCGUUAUCGGACAGCGCGUAUAGGGGUCAGUCUCCAUCCCAACUAGCUCCUGUUUCACCCUCUAAAGACAAAUCACCCUCCAAAGAGUAUCUUCCUGCAACCCAGCAAAUCAAGAAGAUGCCAGUGCUACCAAAGAGUGUUCAAGACUUCAUCGAGCAAUUGAAGUCCCACUUAAGAGAAACAUGCAGUAUGAUGCAAGGAGGAAUGAGCAUGGAGUCUCACUACAUAGACACACCACUGGUACAGAGGAAGCUGAUAAUCAGGACUGGCAAGAAUGCAAAUAAAUGCUUAGAGAAGGAACUUGUGGUACUCAGUGACUCAGAGCGAAAAAAGGCCACGAUGCACAGGAGCCAUGUUUUCCAAAACUGUGGAUCCAAUAACAAGCACCUGAUCACCGUUCUUGGGAAAGCCGGCAUGGGAAAAAGCACAUUUAUCCAGCGUUUGGCCUUGGACUGGUCCACCGGUGGCCUUCAGCAGUUCCAGUUCAUCUUUUUGCUGAAUUGCAAAGUUCUAAAUCUGACUCAGGCGAGCUUCAGUCUGAAGAGUUUGCUAUUUGACUCAUCCACGUCUCCUUGGUGUGAGGAUUCGGAGGCCAUCUUCAAACACGUUCUUGCCUUUCCAGAGAACGUUCUCAUUGUUUUUGACAGUUUUGAUGACAUGAAAGACCUUGAAGGUCUUCUUCAAUCCCCCGCUACCUCAGCCACGGAUGGUGACUACAGUAUUAGGCAGCUAUUUUCUGGUUUGUUCCAGAAAAAGAUUCUGUCAGGGUGCACUCUUUUGAUCGCCACCCGACCCAAAGAUGUCUUGAAUCAGCUACUGCGUAAAGUAGACAGUAUCUUGGAGUUAUGUUGCUUUUCUCCAAAGGACAUUGAAAUGUACGUCUCAAAUUAUUUUGGGGAUGUUUCGGAGAAAGAGGAUGCACUAAGAAAAAUCAAAAGCCAAAAAUACAUUUUCAGCUUAUGCUCGAACCCUUUGCUGUGUCGCCUUACAUGCUUUUUGUCAGCGCAUCAAAAAAACAAUGGUGACACGUUGCCAUCGACUCUUACGGAUUUAUACCAAAGAGUGCUCAGCCAUUAUCUAGAGCCGAAUGAUAACCUUCAGAGAUCCAAACAGGACAUUGUGCAGCUGUGUAACUUGGCUUGGGAUGGAUAUAAGACUCAAAACUCCCUUUUAAACCAAAAUCAAAACAAAAACCUGGUAGACUACGGACUCAACUCUGGGAUACUUAUAACACAUAAACGAUGUGAAGAACCUGGCAACAACCAGGUCACUUAUUUUGCUAAUCUUUUUAUGCAGAACCUUCUAAGUGCCCUGCUAUUGGUUCAUUCCAAUGAGCUGAAUGACAAAACGCUGGUGGCUCAGACUGCACUCCACCAACGGAAAAGGAAGUCUCAAGGAGAAUGGCAAGAUGUGCUACAAAGGUUUGUAAUGGGAUUACUCUUCCAGAAAAAUACACCCCCUUGUUGUAGGGUUUUCCAAAGCAAUACUGACCUACAGACCAAAAGAAAAGCAGUGGAAGUCCAUCUGGAGAAUCUGAAACCGGGCGAGCUGGUUCCCAGCAGAUUACUUGAACUGUUUCACUGUGUGUACGAGGCUAGGAAUGUCAAACUUGCCAAACUUCUGGUCAAAAAUCUACCUGAAAAUCUGUCGUUUCGUGGAGCUCAGCUCUCGCCAGUUGACGUCUAUGUUGUUUGGCAUCUUCUUCUGCGAACCAAAGGACACAAACGGACUUUUUCCAUUGACUUGAGGGACACGUCUGUUCCUCUCAGUGGUCUCAAAGAGCUGGUUGCACUGGACUGUGUGGCAUCAUUCCGUGCGCCUACAAUGGACACCAUUAACCUUUGGGAGGACCUGCAUCGCAGCAACGAUAAACUGAGUUUGAAAAACGCCAUUGAAAAGUUUACUAUAAACCCUCUGAAGGUGUCGCAGGUGUCGGAUGUGGAGAACUUGGUCAUUCUUGUACAAAUCCACAAUGAGAAGAAGCUGCCCUUAUGCGAGGCCGAGUCAGCUCUGGAGGACGGCGUCCCAGCAGUGAGACAUCUUCUCAAGCUGGAGUACGAGCUCGGUCAGCAGAACAGCCCUGAGGUGUUUCUCCGGCUGGCGGAGAUCUUACCUGCUCUUCAGUCUCUCCAUCACCUGGAUCUGGAGAAUAAUAAAAUGGGGGAUGCGGAAGCUGAACAGUUGGCUGGGGUUCUGAGCUCGCUGUCGUCUCUGAAGCUGCUGAAUCUUUCUCAGAACUGCAUCGGAGACGGCGGAGUGCGGAAACUGUCCCAGGCCCUGACGUCCGCGUCCUCGCUGCAGAGCCUCAGUCUGUAUGGAAACGUGAUCGGGGACAGCGGCGCUGAGAGCUUGGCAUCGGUUUUACCGCUCAUGACGUCUCUGCUGGACCUGGACGUGAAGUACAACAAGUUCACAGACGUCGGAGCCAAAAAGCUCAGUGCUGCGUUAAAGAACUCACCGAGUGUGAAGUCUCUUCAGUAAGUCACCUCCACACACACACACACACACACACACACUUCAAACUGUGGGUUAUUUUUAAAAACAGUAUCAGCUUCAGAUUUCAUACGUAUCAUCAUCAUCAUCAUCAUCAUCAUCAUCACUGCUUUACAUUCAUCUUCAGCUGUAACGACCUCGACGUGUAAAAAAUCGCUUAAAACCGUAUUAUGUUUCUUUUCUUUUAUCUGAAAAUAAAUCGUACAUUAUUUUCCUCCUUUAUCACAAAUUUGUUAGAGACCUUUAGGCCUGAAAGUAACAUAUUGGGGGGAAAAAGAGUUUUAUUUAUUAUAUUUAUUUUUAUUAAGAUUUGAACCUUAACAAAACUAAAAUAUAUACCAUCACCAUGCUCUUGCUGUUUUCCUGAUUUAUUUUGUAUUUCAUUACAUUUGCAGUGCUCUCAUCUUCUGUCUUGCUUUAAUCAUUUAAUAUUUAUCCAUUUUUCUUCCAGAAUGUGGAAUGGACUGUAUUCCUUACGGAGUUUUUGAUCAUCUUCAGAUUAAAGACUGCAGGAUAAAAGCUCUAUAAUUCACCCCUUUGUUUAAGAAAGAAGGGACAAACUGCUGCUACUAACACUGUAUCUUCGGUACACACACAUUACUGAAUGCUAUCGCCUCGGCAAAGACACUAAUGUUCUAUGGUGCGUUACUUUUGUGUUGCAAUAUUUCUGUCUCAUUUUUUCUUUUUUAUAAGCGAGCUGCUGUCCAAUAAAGUACUUUUUUUGUAAAAAAAAUAAAAUAAAAAUUAGGUAAGUUGU